CAAACAACUCUGCAUAUGUAUUGACAUAGCGUCAGGCCACUCGUCAAGUACGUGCAGGACAAGACAAGAAGAUUCUUCUGGGCAAUAAAAUGAUAACUCUACGAUUAUUCAAAGCGUCCUUUCUCGUUGCUUUUAUUGUAUUGUUCUCCUUUAAUGGGAUUGUUGAAAGUCGCAACGAGUCCAGCAAAGGAAACAAAAACGUUACUAAGGAUAGAUGUGCGGAGGAGAUUUUCUAAAUUUCCUUGCUCAAGCACAAUCAUUGGCAAUCUUCUGCUGAUUGUUUUCUAUGGUUCUGUUAAUGAUGGUGCUGAACUACUAUUAGAUCUCGGAUUACCAGCUGGAUUAAUCGGUGGUAUUGUACUGCCUUUACUUGGAGCUGUCCCAGAUUCUGCUAUCAUUGUUGUCUCUGGUCUCAAACCCAAUGCACAAGAUCAACUUUCAGUUGGUAUGGGAACACUUGCUGGUAGUACCAUUAUGUUGCUGACUCUUGCCUGGGGUGGGAGUCUCUUCUUGGGAAGAUGUGAUUUAGAUAGAAAUGGUGAAGCUAUUGAACUAACAGAAAGGGGUGUUACAUUAAUACCAGCUGUACAAAAGUCUGCCAUAAUUAUGGCCAUUACUUCAUUGUUGUAUUUAAUUGUACAAGGUGCAGAUUGGCAUUGGGGACCGACAAAAUAUCCUCCUAAGGAUCCGAAUCAACCUAAAUAUGUCAAAAAUGCUGCAUUGGCAACUCUUAUUUUAUGUGGCAUAGCGUUCAUAGCUUAUUUGGCUUUCUUGCUCUAUGAUAAUAAAAUGGCGGAAAUGCGAGCAAACAAACAUCGACAAGAGGAGAUACGACGCCGUGUAAUUCAUCGCUUUUAUGGCAUUGCAAAUAAGAGCAUUUUGGUGCACCAAAAGAUGAAGGGACGCGGGAAAGAAAGACGAUCCAGAAGCACAAAAAGGCCACAGGCUGAAGAAGAGGAAGAAAGUAAACCUGUCAUUGCAAUUAAAUGCUUUUUUAUGCUCUGUGGUGGUGUUGCUAUGGUCACUAUAUUCUCUGAUCCGAUGUGUGAUGUUCUAAUGAAUAACAAGAAUAAUGCCAAAGCUGGUGGUUCUUACAUCGGCAUUAGUCCGUUUUAUGUUUCAUUUGUCGUCACACCAAUCUGUUCGAACGCAUCCGAACUCGUGUCUUCUUUCUGCUGUGCAAAGAAGAAAGAAAAUGUCUCCAUGACUUUUUCACAACUUUAUGGUGCAGCGACGAUGAACAACACGCUUUGUUUGGGUAUAUUUUGUGCUCUCGUCUACUUCAAGAACCUUGAAUGGUAUUAUUCAGCCGAGGUCACUGUCAUAUUGCUCGUUCAAUGGUUCGUCUUUUUUAUGGGUUAUCCGUUGACCUACAAGCUGUGGAAGCUGGUCCCAGUUGCGUUUUGCUACUUAUUCUCCAUUUUGCUUGUUGCUAUCUUGGAAAGCAGUGCUGUUGGAUGGAAAUAAAUCUUUUUGCUCAUUUUUUUUUUGUCAAUUAUAACUCAAAUUGAUUCGUUGGUAUAUUAGAGUUAGAAAUACAUUUGUGUGAUUGCACAUUUUAGCACGAGUUAUUGGGACGACAUUCGUAUAUGAGCUUAUUUUUCUCGUACGUAAGGUUGUGUACGUAAUUUUAUGAAACAAAAUCAAUGUAAUGAAUAAUGACGUAGCAGCAUUAUAAUAUUUCUUAGGAAAUUUUAAUGAUAUUGGCAAA